CCCAUACCCAACAAAGUUUUGACAACCCAAAUGGUUCUUUCACUCUUCAAAGUUGCAGUUCUUAUCCAACAGGAAAUGCGAUGCCAUCACCCCAUUCCAUACCUGUAACUAGUAGUAACGAACGUCCACCAACAACGCAAUUCUACCAGCAUUUCGAGGAAUGCCUUUCUUCAGAAGGCGAUAAUGCAGCCAACCCUGAUACAAAUUCUUUACAAUGAAAUGCUGAUUCUAUAGACUUUUCUUCGUGAACAUAUUUGAUGAAAAUGUAAAAAUCAAAGGAAUAAACAGAUACGAUUGCUUUUUAUGUGUUUACUUACCUUAACGUGAUAGCCAGCCUGAACAGGUUGUAUACAAUUUCUAAAUUGUGCGUUUUGUCGUUGUAAUACACCUUCAAAUUUUCUAUGUAACUCGUCAAAAGCGGUAAUAGACAUUCGGAAAUAGUUAAGGAAUUUAUUUUCGUCGUUCCGCAAAUCUUCAAAAAGUGUAUAAAAUAAUCAUACUUCCUCUCUCCUCUGAUUAAUGGGGUGCACCCAAACCAGGCGAUUUCGUUUUGCUCUUUCUCGUCGACGAUAAAGCAACCAAAAAGCAAUAAUUUGUUUAGAAUUCAUUUUGGCGUGUCGUGUGUACGCCCAACAUGCAAUGUGAAAACAACAACGCCACGGCAACAUUUCGUGCGAUUUUUUGCCGUACGGUCAAAACCAUAUAAUGUGAAAUAAGCCUAACUGGUCGAUGGACGGUCAAGUGCUCUAAAAAGCGGAACGCGCCACUGCUUGAUGUUUGUUUACAUUUUUGACAGAUCUGUAUUGUGAGGAAUGUGAGGUUAGAAAAAUCAAAAGAGAAGCACAAAAUGUUUUGGGAGCACAAGGGCAAAAACAAACGUUCCAGUUUUUCUUUCAAAAUAUGAGGGAAAGUGUCGAUCAUUGAGCCAGUGCUGAAAUGAUGGGAUUGAUGAUCAGAAUGUAUAAGUGGCCUACAAUCAAUAAACAAUUCAUUAUUGCCCUCUCAUCAGGGUUGAUCCUUGGUUUUCUGAUUGCUUACAUAUCAUUGGCUACCCCAGAAAUAUUGCUUUUCUCAGAUCCACACACUAGCUCAGAAAUGGUACAUUUGGCUGGCCCCAGUAUUGAUCCAGGUUCACAUGGCCAUGAUGAAGAAUUUCACAAUAUGGAAGAUGCCACUGUUGCAAAUAAGUUAUAUGAAGAUGUUCGUAUACUUUGUUGGAUUAUGACUCAACCAGAAAACCAUUAUAAAAAAGCGAAACAUGUUAAAACUACAUGGGGCAAGAGAUGUAAUAUAUUGCUAUUCAUGAGCAGUAUAGAGGAUCCAUCAUUGCCUUCUGUAGCUCUGCCUGUCAAAGAAGGCAGAGAUAACUUAUGGGGAAAAACAAAAGAAGCAUUUAAGUAUAUUCAUAAGCAUUACUUAAAUAAGGCUGAUUGGUUUUUGAAGGCUGAUGAUGACACCUAUGUGAUACUAGAAAACUUACGCUACAUGCUGAUGCCUCAUAAACCCACAGAGCCUGUGUAUUUUGGAUGUAGGUUCAAACCUUAUGUUAGACAAGGUUAUAUGAGUGGUGGAGCUGGUUACGUACUAAGUAGAGAAGCUGUGAAAAGAUUUGUGGAGAUUUCAUUGACCAAUUCAACUGGCUGUAAGACUAAAGAUAAUAGUGGCGCUGAAGAUGUUGAAAUUGGAAAAUGUCUCGAGGCUGUCCAAGUAAAAGCAGGGGAUUCUAGGGACUCAUUAGGAAGGGGCAGAUUUUUUCCGUUUGUACCAGAACAUCAUUUGAUUCCUGGUCAUGUCGACAAAAGUUUUUGGUAUUGGCAAUAUAUUUAUUAUGAAAGCAAAGAGGGUUUGGAGUGCUGUUCUGACAAUGCAGUGUCCUUCCAUUAUGUCAGCCCAAAUCAAAUGUAUGUUCUUGAAUAUCUGAUAUAUCAUCUAAGACCAUAUGGAAUUUCAUUUCAUGUGGAAAUGCCACAGGAGCUACUUGAUAAAGAAGUAGAUACACUUUUGAAAUCCGAAAUAUCCACUGUAGGAUGAAAACAGCUUUCAAAUAUUUGUGAAAUUUAUGUCUUCAAAGGAGUUUUAAAGUUUUACUUUUACCUGAUGGGUUGGACAAGGCUUCUAAAGCAUUAAACGUCACCAGUAUAGUCGGCACUCUGCUGUCAGUUUUGCUGAUUAGGCCAUUAGUUAAGGAGAUAUGUGUGUUUAUAUAAAUACGUUUUAAUAUUUAUCAUUUUAUAAGCAUCACAAUGUUUUAAAAAACUGAAUGAGUAUCAUUUGGACGUACUAGUCGUUAAUGCCAAAUAUGUAUUAUUAUUUAUGCCAUAUUUUCUACACUCACUGUUCAUGAGGAGUACUAUUUCGAUUAAGUAUAUCAUAUGUAUAAAGAUUUGAUUUUGUAAUUAUUGAAAUGAGUAAGCAAAGCUUUGUAUGAAUGAUAAAUGUAAUCAAAGACUGCAGUCUGUACGAGUUUAUUUUAAGGGGGUCGCUACCUUGGGUGGCAUCCGGUGCGGAGCUUGGUGGUGUCAACCAUAAAUUCGAAAUCGAAAAAGAGCCUAUAUCUUCA